AUGUGUGUCAAGGUGCUUGACUACGAGGUGUUUGCGCAAUGGGAUGCCGUCGAAGCGGUGCUGCAGGGUGUGCGUGAAAUGGGCAUUGUGGUUGAGCGGCUCUGGGAUACCGUGGACGACACAAGGGUUGGUGGUGGGGAUUGGAAUGCGAGGGUGCGGCCGGGCUGGAAUGUCAAGGUGCUUUGUUUGGAAAACGGAGUAGAGGAAUUGGGGGGUGGGUUUGAAGAGGAGGAUGAGGAGAGCGCGGGUGCUGGGGGUGUUGAGGAGGGUGAAGGCCGGGUUUGGGGGGCUGCGGGGUGGCUGGGUCGUAAGGAGAAGGAGACGGCGUGGUGGUUUGCGAGGUGGAGAGAGCGCGUUGAGAAGGAGAUUCGGUGUCAUGGCCAUUUGAGGGAUCCGUCGUGGGAGAUGGUCGUGGGUUGGUGCUUCUCCAUGGUCACGUUUGUGGUCAUGGUCAGUGUGCUGUGUGUUGGAUAA